AUGUGGUCAACCCAACUCACUAAACUGAAUGAAAUAAAAACCACCAUUCCGUGGACAACCGUUACUCAAUACAAACGACAGGAAGCAACUCUAAAUAAACUCCAAUUAGGCCACACAUGGUCAAUCCACAGGGCCCAGAUACCUGCGGAACCAGAUGAAUUCCAUACACCCGGAGAAAUACUCACACUCAAACACAUAAUUUGCCACCGCCAAAACUACAGUAACAUUAGAGCCAACCUCGAAAUAACUGGCAACCUCCAAGAAGCAUUAGGCCCUGAACAGGCAACAUAA